GUGCAGCCGCCGCCGUGUGCAGGAGCGGCGCUGCCCCGCCGGCCCCUGGCGUCAUGGCGAGGAAACCCCGUUGACAAGGCACUGCUUUUUCAUGACGUUGUCAUGGAUGAUGAAGAUGAUCGGCGUCUUCUAGAUAUUAUAGGAGAUGUGCAAGCACUGAAUGAUUAUCUUCAUGGCUCCAGCAACAAAUCGAUCAAUGAAGAUGAUGUGACAAAUGCAACCUUUGGUUCUGCCAGCUUUUUUACCAGCAACACUGAUGACCCCAUCUCCAUUUUGAAUGAUGGCACUAACCAUUUGGGUGAUAUGGAAGGGGCAGUGCUCCAGCUUCCCAGUAGCCUCCAGUUCAUUGAGGAAGAGCUGGGUGGAGCUUCGCCCUCGGGGAUGGAGCUGGGAGAGGAACAGCCAUUUGAUAUCCUCCAAAAGUCUCUGCAGGAAGCAGAUAUUACAGAGCAGACCCUGGCUCAGGAGGCGCUACUAGAAGCUACACCAUCGUCUCUGUCUUUUCCCCCGCAGCUAGUCUCUGGUGGUACUGAGGUGUCCCAGUUGCCUGUGCUGCAGACCCAGGGCUGUGCACAGUUCCCUGGAGUUCAGAACCAAGGUUUUAUUCGGCAGAUCCCACCCCCUCCUCUGCAGAAUGGCUCCUCUGGACACAUCCAGCUGCUGGGAUCCUUCAAUGGUCCCACCCCCAUGAUGACCAUAAACAGCAUAGAGAGACCUCAGAUCCUACUUCGGCCAGGGGAAGCUGCUUCGCCUGGUCUGGGAGGAGGUGUGCUUAUGCAGAGACCAACAUGUACAUCUGGGGCAACACAGGCUUCUAUGUUCAACCCCACUGCAGGGGGACAAAUGUCCAUGCCUUUCAAGGGCUCCAGAACACCCAUCCCCCUGCAGAACAUCAUCAUUCAGAGAGGCACUUCCCCACAGAUGUUUGUCAAACCCAUCCAGCCCAAGCCCCUUCAGGUGGGGGGGCAGGCUGUAUACAACAUCAGUAGCCUAAGUCUGCAGCCACAAAGUGUAACCCCAACCAACUCUGGCCAGGCCCCCCAGCAGAUGACUGUUAAUGUUGUGAAUCAGACUGGCCUUCACAAGAUAGCCUCUGGCCCCCAAGUACCCAAUCACUCUAACAGCAUCAUGAUCCACUCAGCCUUAGGAGAGCAGCAGCAGCAGAUGAACAUGCUUUCAGGGCAGUACCUGUGUCCUUCCUCACUCAAUAUUACUCCUGGUACAACCACACACGGUGUCCAGACACUAAAUGGGCAAGUGUUGCAAGCACAGGUCCAAGGCACCGCUGACCAGACCUUUGUCACUCGUUCUGCCACUAGCACCUAUUCUGGGGCUUUCCUGACCAAUCAGGGGACAGCUGUGCAAUUGAUUGCUGGACAGAACUUUGCCACAGCAGGACACUUGGUUGUAAACCAGGGAAUUAUGAGUGGUCAGAUUGGACAGACCUCUCCUUCUGCGGUUCAGGUGUCCCAGUCUGCUGCAAAACCCCCGCCUACUUUUGUCACCAGCACCCCUCUUGGUCCCAACCCUGUUCCGGAUGCACAGAUCCAGGCUCGCUACACAGUGGUCAACUCCGUGGACUCCAGCCACAUUGGUUACACAGCACAAUUACAAGGAGCCAAAGGAGGUGGGGCUGCAGGCCUCCAGAACCUCCAACAGAGACAGCACAUCGCAGCAGCCCGACAGCCAGAUACUUCGCACCUGGGAGCUCAAGGGCUGCUCCAGCUCCAGCUCCAACCUGAGACACAGUUGUCUCUGCAGAGUCAGGAUUCAAAGACUUUUUCAUCUACCGCUAAUGUACAGGAUGGGCUGAGGCAACCACAGCUGGCAAACCUGCUUGGCAACAAGGUUUUAAAAGCAACACAAGCCCUAGAAACAGUUGUGUAUCAACCUGACCAGGUGCCAUCUGUCCUCUCUGCAAACAAACAGCUCACCACACUAAAGAGACCUGCUCCUCAACAACUGACUAAAGGAGGCAUGAUCCUCCAACAGCUCCGGCGAGAUCAGGCCAGGGCCCUGGUGUCAGAUCGGUCUCCCUUCUCCUCUUUUGGGGAUGCAGUCCAAAGGCUGUUGCCCUACCACGUGUUUCAGGGGGUUUUGCCUUCUAGCAAUGACCUCAGGAAAGUCGAUGUGGAGUUCGAGGAGGUAGCCUCGCAGGUCUUGAAGCGGACCCAGUCCAUGCUGAACAAAUACCAGCGCCUGCUGUUGGUUGAGGCUGAACGACCUUGUUUGUCAUCGGAAAUAGUGAUGAUUGACAGGACGUUCAACCAGGAAGAGCGGCGCUGUUUGACACAGGAAAAGCGGCUGGCACUUGUAGAUCCAGAGGGUUACCUGGAGGACUUCUGUUGUCCGCCAAAGCCAAGGCAGACAGUCUGGAGACAGGAGCAGCUUGGGGGUCCUGCUGAGACAACUCAUACAGCCAGCAGUACUCACCUCUCAGAGGAUCACCCAGAUGUUUCCAGAGGAGAAUGUGGUCAUGAUGAUGCAUCAUGUAAGGGAAGUGGUGAAGAUAGGGUGGCAAAGAUCCAUUUGGACCCUUCCAGCAGGACCGAUCCACAACUUGGCUGCAAGGACCCUAACAGUGAAGCAGGGGUGUCCAUCAACACCCACUUGGAGACUGCCAUCAAGAGCAUUCUGGACCCAAAAAAGACCCAGAGGUGCUCACUGAGUGUUGUCGUCAACAGGAACAGUGACGGCAGCCCGCACCCGACACAGACCCCGCAUCUGAAUGCCCAGAGCCUGCUGAAGCCUCAUGCUGCAGAGCCCAAACAUGAGGCAGUGGCUGACACAGACUCUGUUCUGGAGGCAGCUGUCAAUAGCAUUUUAGAGUGUUAGUUGGUGCCAUGAUUUUUAUUUUAUUUUAUUUUUUUUUUUUUAAAAAAAAAAAAAAAAAAAAAAACUCUCUUCCCCAGUACUUGUCAUUCAUUAUUUAUCUAUCCUUCACAUAACUGUUGUCAGCUCUCUGCCUGAUGGUGUCUGUAGGUGGGUCUUGCCUUCCUCUUGUUGCUGUUUAACAAUUUGUUGCCUGAAUUGUAUAACAUGACACCUCAUCCAGGACUUUGUGUGCACAACUGUUGAGUGUCCAGCCAUUUUUGUGUUGGUGUCGUCAGGUGCCAACACACGCCACCCUUCCAGUGGCUGAAAAAGGUGGUAAUCCGUCUCUUUUUGAUUCUGUCUGUUUAGUCCUAUCUGACAAAAAGCCUGCCUAACACUGAAGUGAACCACACCCAGGAGAAUUCUGGCUAAAAUGUCAUUUUCAGUAAUACUUCUUGUAUUGUUGAUGUUAGUACUUUUCACUUUUGUGAGUUGUUAGUUUUUUU